UGAAGAUAACUCUGGAUUCUCAUUGACUUGCUUUUUGCAGAAAAUUGAUUAAUUAUUUCUAUCUCCCAACCAUAUCUUCAGUAGAGAAUUUAUUGAAGAACAAAUGGUUACUACUAUUUAUCAUCCAGUAUUUGGCUAAGGUUGGUCAGAUUUGAUUUGAUUAUCCACAAGCUGCUGCUGCUAAGACAGUGUCUACUUUUAUUAAUUAAUUGAAUUCACCAAAACCAUCUCUAUCCCAAAUUGGAAAAUUUGCUUUUUUAUCCCUACAGUAAUCGCAGGGCUCUAUAAAAGGGACUGAAACAAACGUUGUAAGAUAUGCAAUAACGAAAAAAAAAAAAAAGAUCACAUAGAGAAAGAUAUCUGAUCGAUCAAUUUGUUGAGAUGGGUAAAGUGUUGGUGGGAGUGGUUCUUCUUCUUCUGCAUCUUCUAAUCACUCAGAAUAUGGUUUUAUGGCAGGCUGAAGCAACACUUUACAAAUCGCCGAACUGUGGUAGAGGUGGCGGCGGCGGCGGCGGUGGUGGCGGUGGUGGAGGUGGAGGUGGAGGUGGAGGUGGUGGCGGCGGCGGCGGCGGUGGCGGUGGAGGUCGAGGUGGUGAUACCCCCUGCCCUAAACCUCCAUGCCCAACCCCUCCAUCUCCGGCGCCACCCUGCCCUGAACCUCCCUGCAGCCCAGCGCCGCCUCCAUCUCCGAUGCCUCCCUGCCCUAAACCUCCGUGCAGCCCAGCACCUCCAUGCCCAACGCCUCCAUCUCCAAAUAAAAUGAUAUAGGGGAAUCCUCAAUGAUAAAUUCUAGCUAGGGUUCCAUCAGUCUUGUGUUUGCAUUAGAAUAUCAUUAAUAAUUACCAUGUAAGGUUUUGCUGAAUUACUACAAAAUGAUUUGUUGUAGUAUCAGUUAUUUGGGAUUGAAUGAACAAAUUUAAUUACUAUAAUAUAUUUAAGACAUUAUAUAUAUACAUAUAUAUAUAUAUAUAUUCUAGA